AUUUUCAUGAAACACCUUGUGAAGAAGAUCAAGAGGUGAACUCUGAGUGAUGAGUGAGCCAAAGGCCAGGCGUUGGGUUGGAAAAUAUGAGCUUGGAAGAAUGAUUGCCAAAUGUACUUUUGCGAAACUGCAGAGUGCUGUUGAUACUGAGACAGGAGACCCCGUGGCUCUGAUGAUCCUCGAUAAAGACAAGGUUCUCAAGCAUAAGAUGGCCGAACAAAUAAGGAGAGAUAUCUCUACUAUGAAGCUGAUAAACCAUCCAAAUGUAGUGCAGCUUUAUGAGGUUUUGGCGAGCAAGGCCAAGAUAUAUAUCGUCCUAGAGUUCAUCAGUGGUGGAAAGCUUUUUGACAAAAUUAAAAAUGAUGGGUGCAUGAAAGAAGACGACGCACUGGGAUAUUUCCAGCAGCUUAUCAAUGCAGUUGAUUGCUGCCACAGAAGGGGAGUGUACCACAGAGACUUAAAGCCAGAAAAUUUGCUUCUUGAUGCGCAAGAGAAUUUGAAAGUCUCUGACUUUGGAUUGAGUGCCUUGUCCCAACAAGUCGGGGGAGAUGGCCUUCGUCACAUUGCAUGUGGAAAUCCAAAUUAUGCUGCUCCUGAGGUUCUUAAUGAUCAAAGCCAUGAUGGGGCAAAGGCAGACUUGUGGUCUUGUGGAGUGAUACUCUUUGUACUACUUGCUGGAUAUUUGCCUUUCGAGGAUUCUAGUCUCACAACGCUGUACAAAAAGAUCUCAUCUGCUGAUUUCAGUUGUCCUCCUUGGCUCUCUUCUGGUGCUAAGAAUUUGAUCGUCCGAAUCUUGGAUCCAAACCCUAUGACUCGUAUAACAAUUCCAGAGAUUUUGGAAGAUGUUUGGUUCAAGAAAGAUUACAAGUCAGCUGUGUUUGAAGAGAAGAAAGAAGCAAAUUUGGCUGAUGUGGAAGCUGUUUUUAAAGAUUCUGAAGAAGGGAGAGUGCAAUUGAGGUCAUUUCCUUGUGUGAUAUGUUCAGGUGGUACUACUUGUGGCGAUGUUCGUUCAAGGACCAAACUGAUGAACGGCUUGAUAGAAAGAGGGAGACCUCAAGAAGCUCAUUCCAUUUUCAACACACUUAUUGAGGAAGGCCACAAGCCAAGCAUCAUCACAUACACCACGCUUGUAACUGCAUUAACCCGUCAAAAGCACUUCCACUCUCUCCUCUCCCUCAUCUCCAAAGUCGAGAAAAACGGCCUCAAACCCGACACCAUUCUCUUCAACGCCAUCAUUAACGCCUCUUCCGAGUCUGGAAAUCUCGAUCAAGCAAUGAAGAUCUUUGAAAAAAUGAAGGAAAGUGGAUGUAAACCCACAGCAAGUACAUUUAAUACUCUCAUUAAAGGAUAUGGAAAAAUUGGUAAGCUAGAGGAAUCGUCAAGACUCCUGGAGAUGAUGUUACGGGAUGAGAUGCUCCAACCAAAUGACAGAACAUGUAACAUACUUGUCCAGGCUUGGUGUAACCAGAGGAAGAUUGAAGAAGCAUGGAACAUUGUAUAUAAGAUGCAAUCUUAUGGGGUAAAACCUGAUGUAGUCACUUUUAACACAUUGGCAAGAGCGUAUUCACGGAUCGGGUCAACAUGUACAGCUGAGGAUAUGAUCAUACCAAGGAUGUUACAUAACAAAGUUAAACCGAAUGUUCGCACCUGUGGUACCAUUGUGAAUGGCUACUGUGAAGAGCGAAAGAUGGAAGAAGCUUUGAGGUUUUUCUAUAGAAUGAAGGAACUUGGAGUUCAUCCAAAUCUGUUUGUUUUUAACUCUCUAAUCAAAGGCUUUCUUAACUUAAACGACAUGGAUGGAGUUGGUGAGGUGGUGGAUCUGAUGGAAGAAUCUGGAGUACAACCUGAUGUGGUAACGUUUAGCACUCUAAUGAAUGCAUGGAGCUCUGUAGGAGAUAUGAAAAGAUGCGAAGAGAUCUAUAGAGAUAUGUUGGAAGGAGGAAUAGAUCCCGACAUUCAUGCAUUUAGUAUCCUUGCCAAAGGGUAUGCUCGAGCUGGAGAGCCCGAAAAGGCGGAGCAAAUCUUAAAUCAGAUGAGAAAAUUCGGUGUUCGCCCAAAUGUAGUGAUCUACACACAGAUCAUAAGCGGUUGGUGUAGCGCGGGUGAAAUGAAGAAAGCGAUGCAGGUAUAUAACAAAAUGCGUGGAAGCGUUGGUUUAUCGCCUAACUUGACUACUUACGAGACUCUUAUAUGGGGAUUUGGGGAAGCUAAGCAGCCAUGGAAAGCGGAAGAGCUUCUGAAAGACAUGGAAGAGAAGAAUGUUGUUCCCACAAGGAAAACUAUGCAACUCAUAGCUGAUGGAUGGAAAUCUAUUGGUGUCUCUAAUAGUAAUGAUGCCAAUACAUUGGGAUCUUCCUUCUCAACUUCCUCCAAACUCAACAUCCCAAAUAACAUCGCCUCGUCGAGAAGUCCAUUGUUUUUAAAAGGAAUGCCUGAAAAACCAAAGCUAUGUAUCAAGUCUCAGUUUGGUUUGAGGCAGAGAGUUUUGGUGGUGUUGUGCAGAGACCAGAUUGGGGAAGCUGGGAGAUUUUGCAAGUUCAUGUAGACUUUGUUUUGCUUUAUAGAUGGAGCUAAAUUAAAGGGUAAGAAAAGCUAACCAAAGAUUGCUGUCGAUCGUUUUUAAGGUAAAGAGGAAGCAAACAAUACAUUUUUCUGUACAAAAAUAUAUUUUCAGUUAAAUG